AUGAUCUAUGACCACGGAGUCGGCGUAGUCAUCGAUGUGCUCAGUGGCGAAGACGAGGCACAAGGGGACAUAGAUCGAACGCUCCUCUCAGAGCGUGACCAGAAUCCUCAUCGCCUCGCGGAUUCACUAAUGUUUACAACUCAGCUGUGGGCUAACGAGGCUCUACCCGACACCAACCCUUUGGCACUGCGCGCGGAACCCGAGGAGGCCAGGCGAGGCCAGUCUCCUGGGGCGGAUUCAACAGGUUCAAGCAUAACUUUCCUGCCUUCCUCUCCGCGACAGGUCACAGGAGGCGUCAAUUGCUUUCCAAUCCCAGAGCUGGAAAGAAACACUCACAUCUGGCAUACAGCCUACAGCGACGCCCUGGCUGCUUAUCUCCAGAAUCUAUUCUCUGAAAGCGGAGAGAUCUCCCUUCCCGACAACAUGACGAAGCAUAUCAUCCGACUGCAGGGGCCGGAGGGCAGAUACCGUGAGACCAUUGAGGCUGGCUCCUCACCAGGUCGGGAAUACUCCUUAUCCGACAUGAUGUAUGACGAGCGAUGGUUGAUGGAAGCGCCGCCGCGUUCACAGGAGAGUUCAUUGUCAGAGCAGGAUGACUCCACUUCCUCCUCGACGUCAGUAUACAAAUUGAGUCAAUAUCGAGACUACGAAGGAAAGGGGAUCAGCGUUUACAUCACUGGGGAACAGGCAGAAGCCCUCUGGCACCCUCAACAAUGCCAAGCUCCCAACGACAGCCAAGCCGAGGAUUAUGUUGAUGGAUGGAGGAAAUCAGCUGCGCCUAUCGUGAUCUUCCAAGUACUGCCAAGAGCUUCUAUUGCAACAAGCUGCUUGACAAAAUAUGCCUUGAGGAACGCAGCGGCUGAGAGGCUAUUAAGGCCAUCGACAGACAGUGACGGGAUUGAGAAUGUCUAUGCGGUGGUAGUGGGAACAUCUGCCACUGAUUUGCAUCCCGUUGUAAUGGUACGACCAGAAUCAGCCCCGACGCAAACAGACGAUGACAACGUGGACUCCAUGCAACGGCAGACCAUAAUGAAAAGGCCAUUUUGA